AUGACAUCUCCCAGUAGACGCAAUUGUCGGCAUGCUGUUCAGGACAGGCCUCCGCCUCCUGUACCACAGCCAAAUUUCAUGCCAGCUAAUUUGCCACAAGCAGGGCCUGUUCCACGACCUUUUGCAUGGCAACCUCCCCCUGACUUUCCAUAUCAACCUCUACCAGUUGGGCAGUAUCCCGGCUUGCCACGAAAUGCGAUUGCACAUGUGGAGCAUGCUCAUGCUCAUCGUCUUCCUCGGGUUGAUUAUAAUGCACGCUUGAAUGAGCAAAUGAAUGCAGCUCAUAAUGAUAGACGCCGUCAACGUAAUCUUCGUCGGCAACAGGAAAGAGAUGAGAUAAGACAGCAGGCACAGGCAGAGCUCAUGGCAGCUGGGAUGCAGCCGCCGCAGCAACCUCACAUCCCUAACGAACCUGUAAUUCCUCCUGCCCCUCCCAUGUAUGGCCCUAUUCACUAUGAGGGUGCAGUUGGUCCUCACAACUUUGAAAAUCCUCUCCGCUACUUCGCUCCUAACCCUGCACCACCAUUACCUGCACCACCUCAACCAGAUUAUCAACCAUUCAAUAUUCAGUUUCAACACCAUUUACAGGCAGAGGAAAUAGAAAACGAGAGGAUUAGAAAUGAAUUGCUUCAUAGACAAGCAUUGCUUCAUAGACAAGCACAGGAGGCAUUUCAUCGGGAACAGAUUCAAGAGCAAUUAUUACGGCAGCAAGAAGCUGAGCGUAUUCGUAGACAAGCCCAGGAAGAUCAAGAGGCCUUUCACUUGCAACAGCAGAGAGCUCAGCAAGUAUAUCUUGGCAAUCUGGAAUUUGUUCGCCAGCAGCAGCUCCGAAGAGAUCGUCAGCAGGAUCUUCUGCGAGCACAUCAACAGGCAGGGGAGAACCAACACCACCAUGAGGAAGAGGAACAUCUAGAAGCAGCACUACGUGAAUAUAAUGAUCCAGCAUCUCAAGAACAGCACGACGAUGAUGAGGAAAGAAGGAGAAAUCGGCAGCAGGAAGAUCAUCAGCGAUCUGAGGCAGAAGAUGAGGAGCAUGCCAACCAGGCACCUGCUCAGAAUCUUCCUAUCCAUGGUGGAGGUCGACCAUAUGCAGAGCCUAUUGCCCGUCAUACUCUUGGUCCCCUUGAUAUAGAGUGUCCCCAACUGCCAUGCAAGGCACUUUGCAUCCUUCCACCCUUUCCAGCAUGGCCACCCGAGCUGCAGCAGGCUUAUACAGACCGAACAUUUGUCUCCAAGAUUCGUCAGUACAACAGCUCUCUUGCAUUUACAUCGGUGGGCGUCAAUAUCGAGGACAAUGCUCUUCAAGGCUCUGGCCCAAAUGCUUUUCGUAUCCAUGGAUCCCUCCAUCACCUCAUGGGCAGUCUUAUGCCUCCAGAAGGUCGUCAGCCAUCGUAUGCCCAACUUUAUAUCUAUGAUCCUGAUGAAGCCACCGACAUCCGUGCAACCGACCUGGAAAUGAAUGGUCUUGAUCGUCGCAUUCUCAGAGCACUCCAUGACAUGCUGUAUCGAAGCCAUCCCUAUGCUCCUCUUUAUAAACAGGCCUAUUAA